UUUAUAGCUCCAUGGACCAACUAUACCCUGACGUCUUCCUGCGAGAAUGAACGAAAACUUUGCGAUUAUACCAAAGGCCAGCCUACAGUCACUGAGUCGGUGAGUAAUGUAAUCUGACGCACAUGACGUCAUUGACAGAUGCUUACAUUUUUCAGAAUCUUCCAGCGAUGUUUGCUCUUUUUCUCAUCAAGUGUCCGUUUAUUCAUUGUUGUGUCUGAAUGCACUGGUGAUAAACGAAGGCUAUCCAUCACAUUUCAAGGCAUAAGUGUCAACUUCUGGAUGAAAGUGCGGAAUCAUGGUGCAGAUAGCUGUGCUGGGCUGUGGCCUAAUGGGCGGCAAGAUAGCAGGUUGCAUGGCAUACCAUGGGCACAAAGUUAAGGUGUAUGAUUCCAAUGCGGCAGCACUAGACGCUCUUCACAGUAACCUGGAGGUUGACAAGAGAGAACUGAAAUGUGAGGGACUGAUGAUUCAUCCAAACUUUCUGGGCCAGGUUUUGUGUAUCAGCAGGCUUGAGGAAGCAGUCAGGGAUGCAGAAUACAUCUUUGAAGCAGUCAUUGAAGAUCUAGAAAUCAAGCAAAACCUAAUUAGAGAGGUAUCUCAUCUGUGUAGUCAGGAUGCAGUCAUCAGCACUAAUACUCUCAAUCUUGAUAUACGAGAAAUAGCAGUCAAGGCUGCCUACCCUGAGAGGGUAAUGGGAUUGCGCUUUUUACACCCCGUUUACGCUGUGCCAGAAGUGGAGAUAAACCCAACUGCUUUCACUGAUCAGAAGUGUGUUGAAAAAGUGAGGCAGUUUCUAGAAGGCAUUGGAAAAACACUGUUUUUCAGGUCAGGCAGAGAGGCACUUAUCCUGACACCCGAGCAAAUAAACUCCAGAAAAUUAGCACGCAGGCAGCAGUUACUACGACAGCAUGGUAUGCUGGGAAUACCAGAUCGGGGAAUGCCUCAUCUUGGACACGGUGGCAACUUAACACCACCUCAAGAUGAUGAAUGUGCCACUGUUGUUGACCGUGACUGUGCUAUCUGUAUGGACAGGCCCAGAGACUGCCUUCUCUGCCCUUGCCACCAUCUGGUUACGUGCCACGAUUGUGCAAAAUCACUGAUGAAUCGCAGGGAUUUCUGUCCCAUUUGUCGGAAGGAGAUCACAGAGACUAUCAGGGUCUACACUUCAUAAGGGCAGGCUUCAAUAUCGACUAUCAGCAGAUAAUAUGCUUUCCUUAAUUACUGCUCAAUUGGCAUCGUAUAACAAAGGGCCUUUGUUAUGCCAAUUUGACGAUCCAGCAGGAUAGGUAAAGUAGGCGGACCUGAUUGACCUGAUCAAGUCAGGCUGAGCAAGCUUCAAUAGUAUGCUUAUCAAAACACAGUACAAUGUAUGAGUUUUUGCUAUUCAAUGACACAUCAGAAGCAAUGUUCAUUAGGAAAUUGCACUUACCUCUAACUGCCUCGUGAACCUGGUCAAGCAUGACUGACCAUGGGUCAGAGACUUGUACAGAUGUGGCUGAUCCUCAGCAUUGAUAUUUUCAUUUUUCUAGCUGUAAGCAGUGUCUGCUCUUUUGUCAAAAGCAAACUUAGGGAUUCUUAAGGUUCUCUAAGAAAAUAAUAAAGAACCUAGUCAUUCUUCUUUAGACAUGGUCCAAUUGCUCCUUCAAAUGGAAGUAUUUUCUCAGCCAUCACAUUAUAAUUGCUUGUCAGCCACCUAUCAAUUGUGUUGCCAACAACAGAAGUUGUAAAAAUCAAUCAUUGGCCAUCAGACAAGGUUUUUUUGUGGCGUGAGAAAGUUUUGGCACACAUUUCAAAGUGGUUUUCGAUUAAUCAAGCAGAAAAAUGUUACCAGCUAACUGACACAGAGAUCAAUAAGUUGAAUAAUCAAAUUGAUCUUGUUGGCCCAGCCUCCUUCCCCUCCCCACAAAAAAUCCAAAGAACAAUGCCCAGCCCCCCCCCCCCUAAAAAAAACCCUGGUUUUUGUUCCAAGUCAUUCCAACAAAAAGUAGCAAGUAAAUAUCCUCAAACCCUGUUUUCCAAGUCAUUGAGGUUUUAGGGGGGGGGGGGGGAGGGGGCAAAUACUGAUGUGUGAAAGUCUGGCAGGACAUUUAUGAUGCAUUUUCUGUUUAAUCUUUAAAGUGGAAUGCAUGUAUGUUUUGCUCAACAAUUUUUUUACAGUAUACAUUAAUGUUCUUAAUGAUGGCAUGAAUGGACCAAAUUGCAUUUGUUUCAUUGUUCUAAUCAUAUCCAUGCUUCAGGACGGACCUUCUGUAAAAAAGGCUCAAUACCUUUUUCUGUUGAAUUUUUUCAUUUCAAAAUUUUUGUUUGACCAAAAGUAACUAAGCAUAAUAUGCUUCUAAAAUAAAAGUUUAAUUUAUCAUGUUAUAUGUAUGUAUAGAAUUUUAAAUAACUGACUCUGUUUGUUAAAAAAAAAGCACGGUAUGUCUCUUGUAUUUGCAGAGGUUGGUUUAUUUUAUGUUAAAUUGUAUUUUUUUUAAAGAUAACAACAUGCAGUAUUCUCUGUUUAUUUUUUAAAAAAAAUGUAUCAUGUUAUAUGUAUGUAUAGAAUUUUAAAUAACUGACUCUGUUUGUUAAAAAAAAAAGCAUGGUAUGUCUCUUGUAUUUGCAUAGCUUGGUUUAUUUUAUGUUAAAUUGCAUUUUUUUUUAUAAAGAGAACAACAUACGGUAUUUUUUGUUGUGUGGAAAUGAAUGCCUAAUUAGUGCAAUAUUUAAUGUUUGUUAAUAGACAGGAAAAGUUGGACUCCUCACUCAAAAAAAUGGAGAGGCACACCUGUUCAUAUCAUCUAAAAAUAUAUUCCUAUCAAUGGGACCAGUCAGUAAUGCAGAAGGAUAGCCAGUUAGUGGGUUAUUGCAGGUGGGGGUGAGCAUUGGCAUUCCUGCUUCAAUGGUUUUAUUUCUCAUGCUUAACAAUUGAGAGAUUCGAUCAUAAUGUAGACAAAUAUUACAUGUAGAUUAUACCAUGAAACAAUUGGUACAUCCCAGGGUCUAAUUACAUCGUAUAGAAUCCUGCAUAAUAUAGGUUUCCCAGCCAAUUUCCUGAAAUGGUCAUUCACUUCUAAAAAUCGGUCAUUCGUUUUCAUCUGAAUUUGAAUGCACGCCUUUAAUUCAUUUCAAUACAAUGAAAAACCAAUCGUUUUCAUUGUACGUGCAUUCGGUUUGGAGAAACAGACGACCAAUUACGUUAUCUGUGCAUUCAUUUACGCAAGCAUACCUUUUUAAAACUGAUUUCAGGUACAGCUAAUUUGAUUGACGGUUAAUGAAAAAGAAACCCUUAAUUGUAUCUGGUGCCGAUGGCAUUUAAAACUAAAAGUGAAAUAGAAUGGUGAAUGUUUGAAAUCGCCCUCUAAAAGCGAAAAAGAAGUGUUAUAAAGGAAUGUGAAUGGACAUAAAUGAAAGGUGCUGCUCAAUCACUUAAUUGAUUGAACUGAAAUGAAAUCGAAUGCUCUGGAAGCAAAAAUGAAACACGUGUACAGAGCGAUUCUCAAAUUCAGACGAAAAUGAAUGACCGAUUUCCAGAACUUAAUGAAAAUUUUAGGAAAUUGGCCGGGAAAACCUAUAUUAAAAUAUGCAAGAUAAUAAUUUAUUGACCUCAAAACACAGUCAAACAUGAAGACUUUUACCUAUCUUUAUCACCUUGAUAUUUUGUGCGAAACAAUAUCUCUUGAUGUAUUUCUUCAAAGCUCGUAUAUUAGAUCAAAUAGGAGAAAAGCCUUGCAAAUUGCACCGCUAGGGUUUCAUGCCAGGCCAAAUGUAUUGUUAUAUUGGUUUUUGCAGCUACCUUAACAGUUGUAUCAUAGAAAUUCAAUGGAAAGAUAUGUACAUGAACUUUAAUUUAAUGCCACAACAUCAUUGGGCUUCAUUAUUAAUAUAACAGUUAUUCGUCUUAGUGCUUAAGUCAUAUCAGUAUCAGCAUUCCCUGCAUGAGGAGAUUGAAGGAUGAAAUUAAUCAAACUAUGAAGCUAUUCAGUAUUUAUCAUUGAUUGCCAUGAUUGUUAUAACAAAAUUCAUCCAUAAAACGUGUUGUUUGUGCUCUUCAAUGAUUUGAUUCCUGUUUAUUUUUGCUGCUAAAAAAAAUUAAAUUAAAAAAAAAAAAACAAUCUGGACGUCUGGAACCCUCUGAAAAUAGACUUGUAUUGUGGGUUGCUUUUGUGCACAAGCAGGUCUGCCCUCCCUAAAUUGUUGAUAGGGAGGCAGGAAACAGUCAACAAUUGUCAGGAUGCAAAUAAUUUGAAAUGUGCAAAGUAAUUAUUCCAUUGCUAAACGAGGGCCAAUGUUUUCAUUGGGUGUCUCAUUCAAAAGUGAGUAACUUUUGUAAUGCCAAAAAAAAAUGGCAAUUUAAAAAUACAAAGGUGAAACUCGAAAAUAGCACAGACAGUAUAUCUAUAAGAUAUUUGCAUUUGCCCUUUAUCUAAAUAAGAAAUUCAAGGCAAAAUGGGUUGUAACCCUUGUUUAAUGUCUAUGCCUGAUUUUAAAGCAAAAUUUCAGUAUAAGAAAUAUACGUUAUUUCAAAUUUAUAAUUGGAAUUUCAGCAUUUCAGCUUGCCACCAACAAAAUAGAAUCAUCAGAAUACAACAUUCCCUGAAUUACACUGCACUCAAAAAGAUAACUAUUGUUGGAAAUUUGAUAUUGAUAUUAAGCCCAAAGAUAUUGUUCAAUGAAAAUAAGGUAUAUUUCCAUCAAAUAUGUGAGAUUCAAGUGUUUAAGUAGCUGGUAAACCCUAUAAUGGAAGCAGGCAGUAUUGUGGGGAUAUUGUCCCUAGCUACUUAGCUCCCAUGUGAAAGUGAUAAUAAAGGUUAUGGUUGUCUGAUUUCUCAAGACAUGCAAGUAACAUUGCCGGUUUACAUGUAUAUACAGAAUUCAAACUACGUAUACCACCCACUGCUUUAUCUCAAUGUUUAUUAACCUGUGAGUUGUAUGGUUGUACAUUGUGUGAGUAUUCUACAACAGCUUUCAAGUCUAGGCACUGUCAAUAAAAGCUACGUCAAUGUGAAUACAUAGUUGGCCUCAAUUUUGCCCCUAGUUGGCUUUUAAAAUUCUUCAUACCAUAGCCCUUGAAAAUUUGGAUAAUUGGACUUGGGGCUAUUUGGUCAAUUGCCAUUUAUCGUGUACGUACGUUUUUGAAAAUAGACAAAAAACGUUUCAGGAUGUUAUAAUAGGGAGAAUUUGCAACGUCAGUUUUCAUUUUUUUAAUCAGUGGCGAUGUUUGUGGCAAUAGUACUGAUAUCAGGUACAAUGUUGACAUUGGGCUUCCUAAUGCUGUGACAUCUUUAAACCGAAAGUUGGGUGGUAUCAGUACACAUACUUGUACGUUCAUUGUAAAUUUAAGAUUUUACAGACAUUCUUGUCACUUCAUGAUAUUUAUCUUUAUCUAAAGCAAAUCAACAUAUUUGCAAAUUUUUAACUGAUGACGUCAUCUAACCGAGAGUAACGUGUACAUGUAAAUAAAAUGUAUAAGGAAUUUAUUUAAGCCCCAAGGGACGCAUUUUUUGGUUGAAAUUAAAACAAAUGGAUCCACAACAAA